CAUUACCAUGAGUUUACAGUGACGAUGCUCGCUAGCGACUGCGUAAAUGAUUUCUAUGGAGAAUAGUACAGCGCCGUCGGCGGUCACUUAUAGAACUAAAAAUCGGCAGUAUGAGUUCAACGCUAGCGAUUACUUUUCGAUAGGUAUUUUAGGUUUUCGCUAGCGAGUAACGUUUGUAGCUGUUGCCUAUAGAAAUUGGUACCAUGAGUCACAUUUUUGACAUACGCUAUCGAGCAAUACGUUAUCGACUGUAGUAAUCUAUUUCACUGGCAUAUUGGAGCGUGAAAACUUAUUAGAAUUCGUGUUAUAGUAUAUUUUCUUAUCAUUAUUUAUGUAAAUAAUGUCAGCAAGGCAUUAUUUGGCAUGGGAUAUGUUAGCGAAAGCUGCAUAUGAAGACGAACGACGUGAACAAGGAAAAUAUCAAGCCGAUAUGAGAAAAAUAUUAAGAAACCCACUUCAACACAUAAGUGAGAAUAAUUUUAUUAAAGAAUAUAGGCUUAGCAAGGAAGCUUUUGAGGAUUUGUGUGAUUUGUUAAUAAAUCAUGCGGAUUUGAAAUCCACUCAAAGAGUGUCAGUGGAAUCAAAGUUAAGUAUAAAUUCUAUAAAAGUGUUAACAUUUAUUUUUGUCCUUAAUAAAAAAUAUUCCUAUUUUACAGGUGAUUCUGGUUAUCCUCAACGGCCAUGGCUGAUGACACCAUAUUUGAACCCAACUCCCAACUCUAUUGAAGAAAAUUUCAAUGCAGCCCACACUUCUGCAAGAGUUGUCAUUGAAAACACUUUUGGGCGAUUGAAGAACCGUUGGCGCUGUGUACACCGAGAUAGGAAUUUACAUUAUAGGCCAGAAAAGUGCUCACAAAUUAUUAUAGCAUGUUCUGUGCUACACAACAUUGCCUUAAAGUACAAUGUUCCGGAUCCCGAAGAGAUAUGUGAACAAGAUCAAGAAUUUCAUCGAGAGGAAGUGGUGUUGGAAAAUGGAGGUGCUAGCGAUUUAUUAAUGGGAAGAGCACUACGGGAUCAGUUAGCUAGAAGACUUGCAUCAAGGCGGUCAUAGUAUAAUUGUUUAAGAGUGUAAUGUUUGCAAAUAGGUACCAAGUAUCAUUUGUUAAAUAGGUAAAACAAAAAAUAUACAUA